AUGCGCCCGGGACCCGCCGGCCGCGACCUCCCCGGGGCCGCCUCGCCCGCGCCGCCGCCGUUCGCGCGCGUCGCCCCGUCCCUCUUCCUGGGGAGCGCGCGCGCCGCGGCCUCCCCGGCCCUGCUGGCGCGCGCGGGGGUCACCCUGUGCGUCAACGUCUCGCGCCAGCAGCCCGGCCCGGCCGCGCCCGGCGUGGCCGAGCUGCGCGUGCCCGUGUUCGACGACCCGGCCGAGGACCUGCUGGCGCACCUGGAGCCCACCUGCGCCGCCAUGGAGGCCGCGGUGCGCGCGGGCGGCGCCUGCCUGGUCUACUGCAAGAACGGCCGCAGCCGCUCGGCCGCCGUCUGCACCGCCUACCUCAUGCGGCACCGCGGCCUCAGCCUGGCGCGGGCCUUCCAGGCGGUGAAGAGCGCCCGUCCGGUGGCCGAGCCCAACCCGGGUUUCUGGUCUCAGCUGCAGCAGUACGAGGCGACCCUGCAGUCCCUGCCCCAGCCGUCGCCGACCGGGGAGCCCUCGGGACAGGGCUCCGGAACCGGAGAUGAGCCCCAGAUUUUCAUUUUCUGCUUCUUCCGGACAUGCAGCUCGAGUGUUUCUGUCUCCAUGGACGGACUGCAGGGGUGUGUCCCCCGAGGGCACUGGAAGCAUCCCUUCCCGGUCAGGUUUACCAGACAGGCCUUGGUCAGGAAAAUCAAAACCACUUGAGGACUUUUAGGCAGGAAAGUAUUCAAUCCGGAGAGCAAGGCCAGGGAGCCAGGAGAUGGGGACGUCCCGGAGACCCACCCUGCCCCAUCCUGGCUGCCUGCCUCCUGCUCCAGCCAUCGGGCUUUCCCCAAACCUCACAGUGGUCCCUUCUCAGAGUCGGGCCUGGGACCCAGACUUGUAACUCUGCAACACACAGGCCAGGAUGUGAGGCUGCCUCAUGCCAGCCUGGCAUGGGUGCCCUUGGGGCUCUCCACGCCUGUGCCUUGCUGCCCUCCCAGUCUCAACAACAGCACCCACCCCGGCUUAACAUCCUGCAGCCCCGGUCAUGUCAGAGAUGCACCGGCCCCUGUAUGUCUGAGCGUGUUGAUUCCUCUCCUGGUCCAGACACCCCUCCCCUGCGUCCUACGGCCUAGAGACUGUACUAGAUUCAUCACCAUCAACACCCCUUAAACCAGGUAGCAGGAAGGGAAAAAAGAGAAACUGGGUUAUACUGUGAAUUACAGGUAGUACAGCCCCUGGUUAAUAGGUACUACUCUAUACAUAACAAGGCAAUUAAUAAAAUAUCAUAAUUAGUGCUUAAUAUUUCCCGUUCUUUCCAGCCAGCACCUUGCUGAGCCUGGCCUUUCCUGGUGAGGUGACCUGAGCCGCCUCCUGAAGGGCCCUGAGCAGCCCUGCAUGCACUGGGGCUGUGGCCUCCAGCUCCUCCACCUCCUCUCAGCCCCACUGAGCGGCAGCCACGCCCCGGGGCUCCUUGAAAGUCAGGAUCACUCACUGCACCCAGCACAGCAGCCCCCGACUUGCCUGUUGCCUUAGCGGCCCGAGGGGCCCAACAUGGUCAGGGUGUCUCAGCCUGCCGUCCAGGGGAACACGCGUGUCCCUGGUAGAAGCAUCUUACCUGGGAACCAAACCUCUGAUCCAGUGGCCAGCCCCUGGGUGGCUCAGCGGUUGAGCAUCCACCCUCAUCCCAGGGCGUGACCCCAGGGUCCUGGGAUCGAGUCCCACUUCGGGCUCCCUGCAUGGGGCCUGCUUCUCCCUCUGCCUGGAUCUCUGCCUCUCUCUAUGCUUCUCAUGAAUAAAUAAAUAAAACUUUUGAAACAAAACAAAACUCUGAUCCAGCGGAGCCCAAGUUGUGGGGACGGGAAGCUCACACUUUGUGAGUGAGGCACCAGGAUGGUCGUGAAAGGGCCCCUUGCCCACGCGUUACACCUGCACCUGGGUUCUGUGACAGGCAUGACACCCUCCGCUGCCCCUGGCUGCAAGCAUGUACCACACCUUGUAGGUGGGCACCCAGCCCCCCGCAGCAUCACCAGA